AUGAGUGACGCAAUGCUGCCGCACUUUCAUUCGCCGGUAAGCUCGAAUUUUGCACGAAAUCCGUGCGAAACAUUAAAUUUUCAGCGACCCACAAUGAAGUCUCGGUGAGCUACGACAAAGAGGUGCUGCGCGACAUUUGCAACGGAUUCAGCCCAGGGGUGUGCGGAAAAUAUUUCGAUUUUCCGAAAUUUUCCGAUUUUCCGAGAAAUUUUCGGAAAAUUUUCCGACGGAAAAUUUUCCGAAAAUGUUCGGCAAAAUUUUCGGAAAAUUAGUGUGGAUUCAAGGUCAAUUUGUCCGAAACCACCGUAUGCUUUUUAAAGGCGCAUCACAAAAUUUUUGGAAGGGUCUAGCAGCGAGCGUCUUUUUAAAUUUGAAACAACCGCGCGUCUCAUUCUCACUGACAAUCGGAAAACACUGGACCCGGAGAGCUUCUCUCGGCUAAUUUUUUUGCAAAAAAAUAUUCCAUUGCUUGGCUUCCGCCCACUCAAGUGAUUUCAAAUCAUAAUAAGCAUUUUUUUGUAUUAGAACGUUGUUUAAACACUUUAUUGAACCAAUGAACAAGUGAGUUUUCCGAUUUUUCCGAUUUUUCCGAAAUUUUCCGAAAAAAAAAAUUCGGAAAACCCGAUUUUCCGAAAUUUUCCGAAAAAAAAAAUUCGGAAAAACCGAUUUUCCGAAAUUUUCCGAAAAAAAUUUUCCGCACACCCCUGAUUCAGCCGCGCGAAUAGGGCCGGGCGACGAAUGACUUCAUUAACGGCGAACUCGUGGACGCUCGGCGUCUUCGUGGCCGCUAUCAUCGUGUUUCCCAUGCUCAAGCGCGGUCUCGCGUUCGGCAUCUCUCCGUUCAUUCAGAACUACGUUUUCGGGUCAGUUUAAAGGCGAUUCAUUCCCGAAAAUCGAAAUUUUUUGCUUGCAGCGACUGA